CACCAGAGUCAGCAGCACGGUCGUAUAUGGUUGUAUACACGACAGUAGUGAGAUCCGAGAUAAAUAAAUAUAUAAUUGGUUUUUUAAGUGUACUAAAUCCAUUGAAUCUGUUAUCUAUAGAAAAGAAUAAUGUUCGAUAUCGUUCUUGAGAGGUAGGAAAGUAUGGGUGAUACAAUCACCACAGUUCUUUUUUUUAAACUCCAGACCAUGUUUACAACCAUGUUGACAACAAUUGAUAACAACCCAUCAUCUGUGUUGGCAUCAAAGUCACGUAGCCAUUGAUAUUGAUAGCCAUGUUUAGCAAUGUUUAGUAAAGUUUUGUAUUCAAUAUCAAGUAUCUAUGGGGACCAAAGUAAAUAAAGAAUGGACAUCUAAUUCAUGUAAAGAGUGCUAUUGAAAGUAUUAAUUAAGGAGCAUAAUAAUAUAUGAUAAAAACAUUGAUUUAUUUAACCUCUCAAGUUGAAAUAAACCUCGACAACAUCGCCGAAUCGUUGACACAGGCGACGAGACGAUUAAACGUAAAUAAAAUUCAUGUACAUACGGAGAUAAAUUCAUAAAACUUAUUGAAAAAGUGAAUAAACAUGACAGCAGCAAUUAAAACAUUGUGGAAGCAAGCGCUAAAUACAUUUGAAGAGCGAACUAGCUCAGGAUUUAAGCUUUGCCAAAAAAAAUUUGAUAAAUUACGAAAUUUGAUGAACAAGAUUACAGCAGAAGAUGUAAACUUAAACAAACAGAUUCUAGACUUCAUUCAAGUGCAACAUGCUCCAAUGUGGGUUAUUGACAUAUUUCAAAAUCAAGACUUUGCUAUCUCAAUAUUCAUAUUGAAACAUGGCUUCACAAUGCCAAUACAUGAUCAUCCUGGAAUGUAUGGAUUUUUGAAAGUAAUCAGUGGAGUGGUUCAAGUAAACAAUUAUACUUUAAAAGCCAAUGAAGAUCAUACAAUUAGAUUGAACAAAGAAGAAAUGGCAUAUAGACACAAACCAAUAACUUUGCAUAGUAAUUCACCCGCUUGUACUCUGACGCCAAAAGAAAAGAAUUUGCAUGAAAUUACAUGUAUCGAAGGUCCUGCUGCAUUUUUGGAUAUACUUAGUCCCCCUUAUGAUGUAGAUAUUGAUUCUGGGAAGGGUCCAAGACCAUGUAGAUUUUUCAAAACUGUUAGUAGUUCAAAAGCAUGUACUGAUACGUCGGACAUAAUUGAAGAAGUUAAGUUGGUGGUUAUUGAAGGUCAACCAGAUUUCUAUUCUGGGAGUCUCAAAUAUACGGGACCACCCUUGAUGUGACCUGAAAUAUCCAAAAAUACUUUUUGUUCCAUUUGUUAACAAAAUUUUGUUGCAUUUUAUUGUAUUAAUUUAGAAUUGCAAUUGUACAAUACAUUUUUAAAGCUAUCCAUAUUUUCAUGUGUAAUAUAUCUGUGGUUUUCUAAAGAAUUUCUCGGAAGAUACAGGAAUAUGAUUAUACAUGUACAAUAUUUAAGUAAAAGUUAUAUAAAAAAUUUGUAUGUAUGAGAUCUCUAUGUUUUGCAAUAUUAGUUUACUAGCAUCUAUGUAGUUUAUUCUUAUUACUGAAUUUAUUGAUUCUAAUUAUAAAAAUUAAAUAAUUUCUUUAGAGAACUGAUUUCUAACAUAUAAAACAUUUUUCUCUCAAAAAAUGUUACCUGCACAAAAAUGUGCAACGUGAGACAGUUAUGAUUAAUUUAUCUCAUCGACAUAUAUAAUAAGAAUAUAAACAGAAUAUGUAUUAUAAUACAUAUAUAUGCAA